UAACGUUUUACAAAUCCCUUAUAUUUAACCAAAACUAAUGAGAGUAGUAUUGACGCACCUUAUAUAUGUCAACACCUUGUAUACAAUUCAUCAUGGUGCGAUUUGAAAAAUUGAAUUUAUAACCUCACUUUAAUCAAACAUGGUCAAAUCCAAAGCCAAAAAAGCAGAGAAAACCAAAGUGAAAUUAAAAACCGCCCUAAAGCAUAAAACGAAAUUUCUCCCCAAAGGCGGAAAUGUCACGAAGACUGACUUCAAAAUCAAACCGAUCGUCAUACAGACACAGCUCAAGGAGAAGAGUACGGAACAACCGCUUUCCAAGCGAAACUUAACGUUUAAGGAGCUGCUGACACGUCUCAACCACCACAACGUCAACGUUAAAUCGUCGGGAUGUGACGAUCUCUCCGAGCUGAUCAAGUCGACCGACCCCCAGCUUGUCGAAGUGCAGUUACACGUUUUACUGCAGGGGGUGUCGAAACUGCUGUUGGACAGAGAGGCGAAAGUUCGUCGUUUGGCCGUGCAGCUCAUCGGCGAUAUUCUCGCGAAGGUGUCCUUGAUUAAACUCGAGCCGUUCUUCGAGAUACUGAUAAUGUACACCGUCUGCGCGAUGACACAUCUCGACGUCGGCGUGCAAGAGGAUUCCCUACUGAUAAUCGACGCGUUCCUGAAGAACAUCCCGUCGCUAAUCGCCAAGCACUAUCUGCGACUGUUCCCCAAUUUUCUUAGGCUUAUCUCGAAACUGCGCAGCGAAUCGAACCCGUCGCGCACGCUCACGCUCAACCUGCAGGGCUCGUCGACGAGCAUUCGAUGGCGCAUUAACGUGCUGAGUAGGCUGGAGGGUAUUCUGAAGGCGAUCGUUGACGGAAGAGCGAGAGGGAAGGAGGAGACGGUCGGCGGUGGUGGCGGACCGAACGUGGAAAGGGUCGCGUUCGGUUAUUGGAAGUUCGGAGGGGGCGCGCAAAGGAGCGAGGGUAGCGUUUCGGAGCAUUUGGACGUGCUGAUACCGUUGCUGAACGAAGCCUGGGUCGAGGCGCUGCCGAAACCGGAUAAACAGGAAGAGGAGGAAAAUACAAUUAUCAACAACGACACUGCGUCCAUUCUGCGUUGCACCCUGGGCAUUUUUCAUCUAUUCUGGGAAUUGUUGCACGAAUCGGAUAAGCAAUUGGGCCAGAAACUGCUGACCAAUGACAAUCAGAAGUAUUUCAGCCACGUCUUCUCGUUCUUCCCCUACGCGCAGAAAGACGCGCAGACCGGUAAGAUUAAGGGAAGAAAGAGGCCGCAGGUGGUGGUCGAUGCGAAUAACGAUCCGAAAUGCAUCGGGGAGAAUCUGGUAAUAUGCUACAUGUUUUCGGCGCUCUACAAAAACCUGACGAACAAGAAUUUGGCGGAGAGGGCCGCGCAGGUUGUCUCGUAUCUGAACGUGUGCCUGAUGAACCGGAAUUACGUGCGCGGUGGAAACGUGGACGUUCUGCUCAAAACGCUCCGCGUGAUUUUCUUCGAGAAUUCGAGCAGUUGGGCUAAGCGCAAGAUUAAUCUCGAUCUUCUGCUAGGUGGCGUCGUUCACUUUUACGCGCACAAUCAGCUGAGCGUCGAGGUCAACGUUGAGAUAAUCAAGUUGCUCGCGAACGUUGUUCACUUGUCUACUCUGAACGGGUUGGUGGCGUACAGGGCGUGGCUGCGCGAUUUGCCUAAACUGCUGUGCGAGUCCACCAUUUCAUUGGAAGUGGUCGACUGUCUCUCUCUGUUGUCGCGUAUGGCGAGCGAGGAGUUCGGGGACGCACUCGCAGCUUUGCUGCCACAAAUCUUCGAAAAUUUGCCCAAAAUUGAGAUUAAAGGGGCGGGGCUGUAUCCGCCUCGUUUUCAGAUUGUGAACAUGUUCGCACUAGUGCCUCACAUUUCACAAGCUGACCUGGCGCUCGUUGAACAUGUGGCAACGAGCCUGGAAGACGGCAAACUGUCUAGGCAUAUUAGGGACGUGUUCCGUGAACGGGACGGGCUAUCUGCACAUUUAUGAGUUAUCUGCAAUAAAUUUAUUUAAACUUU